GUGGUGAUCAAUGGACUCUCGAGUUACAUUGAUAUUCCUCUUCCAGCGACCCUACUGCCAACCCUGCCAGUAAGGGGCCGAGGGCUUGGGUAUCACUGCAGCAAGCUGAGACAAGAGUAGUGCAUGGUUAUCUUACCUUACCGUAUUUCUGCAUACGGUCACCCCCCGCACGAGAUAUCCUAUUCUUCGCCUGAAUACCUUAACCCCUUUCCCCAAUCGUACACCAACCCAACUGGUCAAGUUGACUAGGUACUUGCAGAUACUUCCACGCCUUAAUAAACCACGGUCAAAAUGGCCGCUGACAAGGUCCCAUUCCCCAAGGCCGAUGAACUGAUUAGCAACCUGUCCGAUCAUGCUAUUCAUGUUGGCGCUGCCAGCCAUCUCGGCGAGGAGCUCUCCUGCGCAGUAUUGGACGAACUGUAUCCGCACCUCGACUUCUUCGCUCGCAAGUCGAGCCACAACAUCGACCCCAUCCACAAACAGCUCCAGAAGGGCCGCAAGAUAGUUCUCACGGAAGACCCGGGUCUGCACCUGGUCUGGAAUAAGGGUGUCGUCUACAUCAAGCCGCUACCGCACUACCUGCUCAGCCACUCCUUCUGGAACGAGCAUCUCAGCCUCGGAAGCCCGCACCGAGCUGAGGUGCUGGGAUUCGUGCGGUCUUACACGCGGCUCAUCCGUCAUCACUCCGACUUCAUCCUAGCCCAGGAGGCGAAACUCAUCCCAAUACUAUCAUCAUCAUCAUCAUCAUCAUCAUCAUCAUCAUCAUCACUGUUAUCAUCACCGUCUUCUUCACACGCCGCCCAACCGACAGGAGAGAUGACCUAUCCCUCACUCUCAACCUUCCUCCGGCACUUCUCCGACAUCACCGAAGCCCAAGUAUCUCCCAGAUGGCGCUUCGGCCAACUCCGCCUGGCCUGGCUGAACUGGGCCGUCCGACUAUUCCAGCCGAGGGCCGCGGCGGAGAGGGGAAGUUUCCUGCACAGGCUGUAUUACGAGCCGCCGUACUGGCAGACAACGCAGUUCCUGAACGAGUUCGCCGCGCCGUUGGUGUUUCUGUUCGCGACGCUGUCCUUGAUCUUGUCUGCUAUGCAGGUCGUGCUCGCUGCCACGAGUAGUGGUGGUGCUGCCGAGGGUGUUGGUGGUCGGUGGGACGUCUUCGUGGCUGUGAGCGCGUGGUUCUCGGUUGCUAUUAUUAUGGUUAUUGUGGGUUUGUUUGUCGGGCUCGCGGGGAUCGCGGUUAUUGUCUGGUUAUGGCAAUUCCAGUAUGGGUAUCAGUCGUGGAGGCGGAGUCGCGCAGAGUUUGAGGCGCCGAAUGUGGAGAGAAGAGGAGACGGAGGAACUCGAGAGCAGGUCGUCGUGAAGCGGGCAUCUGGCUGAUUUCGGGGGUUUAUCAAGAGCACUCUGCCGCUUGGUGCCUUGGGCGGGUAUAAGGGCGCGGCCGAUAAUAAAGGGGUUUCGCGACGUGCGGAGGACGGGGUCCUCGUCGACGGUCUACAUUCCGGUCAGCCAGCGGCGUGAAGCCCCCUGCCGGGAGUCAUGUCCCUUCCAAGUAAACGCCUGGCGGAAGUGCCUCAGGAACUUC